AGCCAACCACUACAAUACCUAGCUGAGUACUACCACCUGAGGCAAGAGUUUUUCUGAACUUUGAGCCAACAAAGAAAGAGAAGCAACCAUGGUCAGCGCCAAGAGGCUUGCUCAACUAGCAAAGAAGUGGCAGAGGAUGGCGGCCAUGGGGAGGAAGAGGAUCACCCAGACUAUGAUGGAAAAAAGAGCUGCCGAGGAGUGCCACACGACGACCUCAGUGUCAGCAAAGGAACACUGCGCAUUGUACACUGCAGAUGGGGUCCGGUUCGAGGUGCCACUGGCAUACCUCGGCACGGUGGUCUUCGGAGAGCUCCUGAGCAUGUCUCAGGAGGAGUUUGGCUUCACAGGUGGCUAUGACGGCCAUAUCACGCUGCCCUGUGAUGCCAAGGUCAUGGAAUACGCCAUGUGCUUGCUCAGGAGAGAUGCCUCUGCUGAAGUCGUGAUGGCGUUCCUGAGCUCCAUUGCAAGGCCAUGCCGCUUUGACGGCGGUGUAGGGCUUAGCCAGCAUGUAGCUGUUUGUUAGCUUAUGAAGAAUGACAAGCUAGAAUCCUUUGUUCCAGGCACCAUUUUUGUUCGAUGCAAGAUGUAAAUAUGAAGUUAGCAAUAUUGAAAUGGAACAAUGAUUCAUGAUGAAA